GCUGACAGUUUUCAUUCCUUCGUUUGAAGAGCUUUGUUUACAUGUCACUAGGGAAACAUUUUUGUCUUUUAAACCUUUUUACCAAAUAUUCAACGUCAUAAUGUGAAUUUUUGGAAUAUGAAAAGUUGAUAAUCUGUAUAUUUGAAAUAUUUCUUUCUCCACUCGCUGAAACUAAGAUUUUAAGCUGGAAAAAUGUCUCUUGCGGAACAGAAAUACGACCUUGCUCUUGUCAACACUGUAAAAAAUAAGAAAAUUCAACAAAAGGCCUGGUAUAAAGAACGUCUACAAACCAAAUAUAUCAAAGACAAAAAACCAACAGACACAGACAAAAACCUAGUGGGCAAGAACUGGCUGUUUUUGAAAGAUGGCCUGGAUGAUUUUCGGGAUGGUCUGCCACCACCAGUUGAAGGAGAUGUUACUCUUAAGUCAUCAAAGGGCCUUGGUCCAACAAUCAAAAACUCCAGUGAGAAUCUGUCCUCGGUGAAACAGCCGGCUGUGAGAAAACGUUUCUCCAAACAUCAAAUCUGCUACUCUCGCUUGACACCGCUUCAGCAGCAGAGACGGGAGCACAUUAACCAGAUUGAGUAUGGCCUCACGCAACAUCCCCUCGCCCUUUAUCCGCAUUUAGAAGAAAGCGUUAACCCUGAGCUGUUUGAGGACAUCAUGAACAUUCUGGACCCAGAGAUGAACAUGAUCGAUGACGAGGAGGGCUCUCUAGCUGAGGAGGAAGAGGACGAAGAAGGGGACAGUGUGGAGAGUGAUAAGGGGAGGGAUUCAGCCAGGGAGGACGAUGUCAAAACAGACACAAGAGAGACAGAGGAGGGGGUCGUACGAAACCCAUACAAAUGGAUCUCCAAGAAGGAAGAACAGGAACGGAAAAACAAGAAGAAAACAGGAGAAAAACCCACAGACACUUCACAGGAAGAACAUAUAAAGAAAGUUACGAAAGAGUUUUGUGACUGGGUCUCCAGUCUUGGAGGUCAGAGUAACAAUAUUGAAGAAAGCACAAUAACCAGUCUGUUUGCCAGCGGUUAUGAGACCAAGCCAGCCCUAUCGGUUCCCAUUCAUGUCGUCGAGCUGACUAACGUUCCCCCGGAGCUGAGGAUGUCAGCAACUGUACCACAACAGCAGCAGCAGAAUAAAAACCUGCCGACUGAGGAGAAAAAGAAAGUUACUUGGAAAGAGAAAGAAAUGCAAUACUCGGGCCAGUAUGAGCCCAGCUGGGUAAAGUUCAAGUAUGGGGCCUGGUAUCUGGACCCUAAAUCCUGGCAAAGACGGGACGCAGAGGAGCCCCUUAUGGACCCUCAGGAGCUCAAGGAUAAAGAAAUGUCUGAGGCCAAGAAAAUGAGCAAGGCUUUGAACAAUGAACUGGCUACCAUGCAUGGAGUUGGCCUGUUCAAGGAAUUUGUAGAUAAGAAGAGCAGAAGAAAACCUGAGUUUUUGGAUGAGGUUGAGGAAAUCAAGAAGAAGGCCGAGGAGGAGGAGCAACGCAGGAUAGAGGCGGAGCUAGCAUCAAAGAAGAAACGGAGUCAUCGACAGAAGGAUGAGGAGGGCGAGAAAACUCAACAAUAACGAAGAAUAGGGCAGAUUGACUCUUGUGUGUUUUAUACCAUGCUUUUAUUGUUAUGAAAAAUUAAGAAGAAAUGGAUCAAGAUUUGGAGAAAAGUCUACUACAGUUGGAAACUAAGGGACCUACUCUUGUGUAUUGUGGGUACAAUCAUAAACUAUCAAAAUUGUAAUGGUAAAGAAAAAAGAAUUAAGACAUGCAAAGGGCACUCUCACAUUGUAAUACUUGUGUAUUGUGAUAAAUCACAAAAUUUUAACUGUUUGUUAUUAUAUAGCAGAAAUAAGGUUCAAAGUAAGAAGAUAAAUGACACCUUUAUAAUUUAUGUUGUUAUUUGUGAUGCCUCACACUUGUUAUAAUGUGGUUCACUUAUAAGUUAAAAAUGGUCAUUGUCUGUGAUAUUUUUGUUUAAAUGUGUUUUUAUUGACAAGAUAUUGUAUUCACAUAAUAUCUGCAUAAUUAAUGUCAUUUAAUCGUAAAAGUGUGUAAUGCACAAAUAUUUGCGGUCUAAGUGUCAGAUGGUUGUAACUAAAUAUAGAAAGUGUGGGCUUUACAAUUGUCUUGGGCUCAGCUCUCAAGUAAAAAUAUCUGCAUGAUUCUUUGCUGAACUGGCUGCCAUCUCAUCAAAAAUCAUGUCAUAUCUGAAAAUAAAUACAAUCAAUUUCGAAUGUCAAAGUUUAAUUUCAAAAUUCAGACAAAGUUUAUUAGAUUUUGCAAGCAAUAUAUGUUCAAUUUCAUUUGUAAUACUGAACUCAUAUUUAACCAAAGUUCUUGAUCUAACGAUACUUUAUCUAUCGAUACUUUGUUGUAUGUUAAUAAGAUGGCCCGAUCAUAUAUACCAGGCCCCAAAAUCAUGAAAAUACUUAAGUCAAAUCUCAAUCUCAGUCUCAACUCUUUUUACCACAUAGCAUCAAAACAUUCUGAAAAUAAUACAUGUUUUUACACAUUUCAAAAUCACAUUAUAUAUCCUUCAGUACGUUGAUUAAAACCUUUGGUCUAGAUUCCAAGAGAAAAAUAUUCUACAGAGAAAAAUGUACUUGAGUACAAUUCAUUGCCUUUAAACAUAUACUCAAGUUUGUUUUUUUUUGUUAAAUUAAUUUUCUUUUAAAUAUUGUCAAAAUGUUUUAUCAACACAAUUUAUGUGAAAAUACGUUUUUAAAAAGUACAAAAACAUGCAGGAUUUUCAAUCAUACUAUGCUUUUUAUGUGGUAAAAUGAGAUUGAAAUUGAGAUUUGAUUUGAGAAUUUUUGUGAUAUUUGGGCCAGUAUUGUUUUUGUGGAAAAAUGCACAUAUUUUUGAAAUACUAUACAAUUUCUGUAAACACCAUGUAAUCUGAUAAUAGAAGAAAGUGAUACAAAUAUAUUAUAUGUUUGUAACAAUAACUGUUUAAGAAACUUAGAAAGGUAAAAAAUAAGUAUUAUCUUAACAUGUAUGGUCUUUUUUAAAUUCCCCAAACCGCUGUUGUAUCAUAUAACAUGUCAAAAAAAGCUUUAUAAAUGACUGUUUCAAUGAAACAUUAUAUGUGUAGUCGAUGAAACAUAAUAUGUGUGUAGCUUGCUUGUAGCUGCAUUGUAGCUGCAAGUGUUAAUGUGUAUGUUUUUAAGUAUAUAUAAUUUUAAUAGAUACUUUUGUUAUAUUUGCUUUUUACAGCGAAAUGUUAUGUUAUCGUUGUUUAGGGAUUUUCCAUGCAUUUUAACACACCAAAACUGUAACACUGUCGUAAAAAAUAUGAAGAUAAAUACGCUGAAAAUAUACUAUCUACUUUUUUGGUUUAACAAGGGGAGUAAUUCGAAAAUGUGUGCUUAUUUUUUAUCUGAGUGCGGGCUUAAGUUAUCUCCCUUGAUGUCCCUACCGUGGUUAUAGCGUUGAGAAAUGACAAUAAAAUUGCAACCAUUA